AUGACACGUGCCUCUGGCAGGGAGCUGGUGCAGGGCACUGGGACGCUGCUCUAUUACCUGCCCAACGGCACACGGGUGACACAGGAGGCCAACAAGCAGGAGCACUGCUGCUACCAGGGGACCGUGCGAGGCUUCCCCAGCUCCUGGGCCAGCCUCUGUGCCUGCGCUGGACUCAGUGGCCACCUCGGGCUGUUGGAGAGCAGGAGCUACGUGCUGGAGCCAGACACCGGCAGCCCCCUGGGGCAGCACAUCGCGUACCAGCUGCAGGGGGCCCGGCUGGUGCCGCGGGCCUGUGGGCAGGACCCCCAGGACCCUCUCCGGGCAGCAGUGGAGGAGACACAGCCCCCCUGGCCGCAGAGGGGCAAGCGGGCGGUGGUGGAGCAGCGUUUUGUGGAGCUGGUGAUGGUGGUGGACCAUGCUGCGUUCCAGAAUUACCCCAACCUGCAACGCAUCCGCACCCGGACCCUGGAAAUCGCCAACCAGGUGGAUGUGUUCUCCCAGCCACUGGGAGUGCGGGUGGCCCUGCUGGCUGUGGAGGUCUGGAGCAAGGGUGACAAGUUCACAGUGGGCAGCAGUGCCCGGGCCGCACUGGAGCAGUUCCUGCACUGGCGCCAGCAGGAGCUGCUGCCCCGGCUGCCCCAUGACAACGCCCAGCUCCUCACGGGCACCCACUUUGAUGAUGUUUCAGUGGGGAUGUCGGCUCAAGCCUCCAUGUGUUCCCCUGCACGCUCUGGGGGGGUGAGCAUGGACCACUCGGUCAGCGUCCUUGUCGUUGCCUCCACUGUGGCUCACCAGCUGGGGCACAACUUGGGGAUGCGGCACGAUGGCACCGGGCGCUUCUGCUACUGCAGUGACCUCCAGCAGGACCGUGGCUGCAUCAUGGCGUCACCCACGGGGCUGACACCCGGCUUGAGCUUCAGCAACUGCAGCCAGCAGGACCUGGAGCGCAGCCUGCAACAGGGACUGGGCUGGUGUCUCUCUAAUGUCCCCGAGCCCCGAAGCCUGGCCGGGACCCCCCGCUGUGGGAAUCACUUCCUGGAGCCAGGCGAGAGCUGUGACUGCGGCCUCAGUGUGGAGUGCACUGAUCUCUGCUGCAACAGCAGCACAUGCCAGCUGAUGCCCGGGGCCACGUGUGCCACUGGGGACUCCUGCUGCCAGGACUGUCAGCUGCGACCUGCUGGACACCCCUGCCGGGAGCCCUAUGGCGAGUGUGACCUGCCCGAGUUCUGUGACGGGGUCUCUCCCCACUGCCCCCCUGAUGCCUUCCUGCAGGACGGGCAGCCCUGUGCCAGCGGGCAGGCAGUCUGCUACGGUGGAGCCUGUGCCACCUACGAGGGACAGUGCCAGCAGCUGCUGGGGCCAGGUGCCAGCCCUGUCUCCAACUCCUGCAUGGCCACCCUGAAUGCCAAUGGAGACGAACAUGGGCACUGCGGGCAGCUCCCCAAUGGCUCCUACGUUGCCUGUGCCCAGCGGGAUGCUGGCUGUGGGAUGCUGCAGUGCCACCAUGGUGCUGGGGACAGACCAGAAGGGUCCUGCCGGGGGACCCUCCUUCCUGGGGAUGAGGAUGUGAGCGAUGGGGCUAUGGUGCUGCCUGGCACUGCUUGUGGCCCCGGGAAGGUCUGCCUCCAGCAUCAGUGCCGGGAUGUCUCUGCACUGGGUGACCAGCAGUGCCAGAGCAAGUGCCACGGGCAUGGGGUCUGCAACAACCACGGGCACUGCCACUGCCAGCGGGGCUGGGGCCCCCCGACCUGCCCGAGCCCCGGCGUGGGGGGCGCUGAGACCCGGGUGCGAUUCCUGGGUCCAGAAGGCGCAGACGGCUGGAACGGGUUCCUGAGGGACGACUACACCAUCAAGGUGGCCAUCAAUGAUUACCUGGACAUCUACUGCCCACACUACGAGGGGGCUGUCCCCACUGGACGGGCAGAGACGUUCACGCUCUUCAUGGUGGACCAGGAAGGCUACCGCAGCUGCCGGGAGACCCAUGUGGCCCGCAGCCAGUGCUGUGACCCGAGGGCUGGUGUGGAGGGGGUGCCGGGUGCCAACCUGGGGGUGUCGCAGCCACCCCCUGCACCUGCUGCGCACGCGUCUCCGGUGGCAGCCAGCAAGCCCCAGGGGCACAGGGUGAUCCUUGGCCUCCACUCCCAAGUCCUGCUGGGAACAGGCGUGGUGGCACACGACAAAGGUACAGCAGGAGCUGGAGCUCUGGACAGCCCCAGUGUGGAGCUGCCUCUCCUGGGGGAGAGGAGCCGCAUCCCUGAUCUGAGCUGA